CGUGGUGGGAGGAGGAUGAGGAAAAGUUCUCUUCUGAAUGGAGCGAAAGCCUUUUACUCUCCUUUUCUCAUUCCUCUGAAUCCAAAUGGGACGCUGGCUAUUACUCAAGUGCGGUUGUGGAGAUGGAGAAUGAAAUCAUGCAUAAUGCGUCUGAAUGAAUUAUGUGAUAUUGAUAUUUGAUACUGAAUCAUCUUUGGUGCAAAGGAAUUUUGCCAGGAGCAAAAGCAGCAGUCUCAUUUUGGAAUGGCAAAAGCGUCUCACUUUCCUCUCACUUUCUCUUUUACCAACUUGCGUCUUUUUAGGAUAAGUUUGCUUGAAAACUAAAAAUGUAAACUGCUAUUGACGAAAGGAAAUGGCAAAGGGAUUUGCACAAGUUAUCGUGGUAAUUAAGGCAAUUUUAACCCGUGUAAUAUUCGCGACACAUGGGCUCGUUGCGAUAUGGAGGGUCACCCAGAUCAAAAAUGACCCAUACUACUGGUACCUUUGCGCUUCAAUCCUCGCACUCAUGUUUGAAGGUGUCUUCACCCUCACCAUCAAGAAGAAUCAAGAGUGGAAAUGGUUCUGUCCCAGCGUCUUUUUCUAUCUUUGUAGCGUUGUACCAGCGAUUUGGCUGCUAGAAGUGGAUAAGUUCGACAAGAAAUUGCUCUUAAAAUUGGCAGAAAAACAUAAUCAAACAGCCAUCAAUAAAGAUAAGCUUCCACCUGAAGUUUUUACAGCCAUUGAAAACUUGAACCUCGGGGUGCAACUUGACAUUCUUAAAGAUCUGGACGAAGAAACGUGGGCCACCGUAAUCGAGCAGCUACUCAUGCUAAUUUUGAUCAUUGGAAGAUGGAUGUUACCGAAGGGCGGACUAACCCGAGAUCAACUUUCACAAUUGCUUCUGGUUUAUAUUGGCACUGCUGCAGAUAUCAUUGAAUUCUUUGACUCGUUCAAGGAUGACAAGAUCGCGUCACGUCGAAUAUUGUGUCUUCUCAUUUUAUCCAUUUGGUCUUGGAGUUUACUUCAGUUUACGUUCGUCCUCACCGCUACCAAAUCUAGGAGAACUCGAAUCACUGCUGACAUUGAUCCCCCCAAACCAAAAUUUGUGAAUGGGAUUUAUAAAGUGAAAGAGGUUUGUUGUUCCAUUGACGUGUGGGGAAUCUUGAUCAACAUUAUUUUGCAGGAUGCGCCCUUUCUUAUUUUCAGGAUGUUGCUGAUAACUUAUUAUAAAAUCAUCAGUUAUAUGAACAUAUUUUUCACUUGCAAAAACACCCUGGUCAUCAUACUUCAGUUUUACAGACUCUAUGUCGUGCAGCAAGAAAAGAACAAGGAGAUAUCCAAAAUGGCGAAGGCUACCGUGUCAGGAAAUUUAGCUAAAGCGGUUGAAAGAGCAGCGUUCAUGGGUCCUACGGCAGAUCCUAAGAUCAAAGCUGGUCGAAAUGUGGCUUCGGCGGCAGCGGCGUCAGGAAAAAAAGCAGGUGCGUCGAACACUAAGAAAGGACAGCAAUCAUCUUCCGGAGGCCAACCAAAGAAGCACCGAUCACAGGACUCGAUUACUUCCCAAGCUCAAACGAAUAAUCGAGUCCUUGAGGCCGCCCGAAGAGAAAGGGCAAAAACUGGUCGACGAAAAUCACUUUCUACCAGCAACCUCCCGACCGGAAUCGAAGAAGCGUUCAUUCCUCCCCAGACUGACCGUGUUGAGGAAGAUGAUCUGGAAAUGGCAAUGUCGGGAUCUGUACUUUCUGGAACUAACGAUUCUCAGGAAGAAGAAGAGUCGGACGUCCCGCUGGACGAGAUUUCAUUCACUAGCGAAAGACCCACACGCAAAAAUAGAAAAAUACGGAUGAGCGAAAAUCCAGGCAUUUACAAGAUUUCUGGAAGCCGUAGUUCCGAAACGAGUAGUCACCAGGGUCAUGGACGAUGCCGCCAAGACACCGGCUAUUCUUCAAGCUCAAGGGACUCGGCAAAUAGCAGUCGCAGAGGUCGCAUAGUUAAUGGUGGGAGCAGGACGGGCCGAGCAGCCCCCAGCAAUGCAAACCGAUCCCGCACGCGAAACGCUGUCCAAAGACGGCGACAAAUCAUCGCAAAAGAACUAAAUUCUAUCGAAUUUGGAGGAAUGUUGGAAAAGAUUUCUUCUACGAGCACAAGCGAAGAGUUUGAGAAUGAACGAAUUUUCCAGAGAAGAGCAGCCAUUUGUGCAGUGUUUUCUCUUUUUGUUACAAUUUUCAUCCUAUGCAUGGUAGCAAUUUAUGGGGGAAUCAACCCAAGGGGUCUCAUAUUAAGGGAAACUUUUAGGGUAGCGAACUCCACCAAGCCGAAAACCACGACCACACCCACUCCACCCAACACAACAGACGACUUGCCGGAAGGAUCACCCACUGUUUCCUUGCACGUUAUCACAUUACCACCAUCACAAGCCCAGCCUGAGCACAACCUUAACGACACAAAUGAUAAUAACAAUAAGGGUUUAGCAGUUGGAGUACUAGAUUUUAGCAAUAAUAAUACAUCAAACACCACUGAAGAUGGUGACGAUUUUUUUCCGACUGCUACCUUCUCCUCAACUGCUACUUCAAUGAAUGUUACUUUAGACAAUUUGAUGUAUGAGCAUAAUACUACCACCGAUCCUCAAAAUACUGAUACUGAUAAUGAUCUCAAUGUUACCUCAAUUGUCAAACCCGACCAUGGCGAGGAAUUCCAUCCGUUUCCGUCGCCGAAUGCGAUAGGUGGGGGAGGUGAGAUUUCUGCAUUUACUCCGUCCAGGCUCCAGCAGAAGAAUGCAGUAAAAGAAACAAGCGUUCUCCCCGAUUUCGUGAGACAUUCGAGACGAAAGGUCAAACGACUCUAUGGGUUUCUACUACAAGAGUUUUCAUCUCUUCGUAGACAGUAAUUCAAUAAUCUUAGAAAGGUAUAAAAUUAUUUGUUAUUGAUCUUCAAUCAAUGUGGCAUAAGAUUUUUGUCACGUUGCAUACGUUGUAUGUAUAAUGAGCAAAAUAAAAUGGGAUAUUUACACGCUUCUCCAUGUAGGAAACUAUAUACAUAAAUCUAUAUACCAAUAAUAAAUAUGGUUAUGCAGAUUCCUGUUGCUUGAAUUAA